ACCCAUCCCUUCAGAUUCUCCAUUCACUCUCUUUCUUCCUUCAUUCACUCCCUCUAUCAACUCCUCCUCAUCACCAAUGUCCAAGCUCUACGACCAGUGGGUUUCCAUGGCCAUCGCCGACGACACCCUCGUCGCACACCAGCUCCUCCUUCUCCGGUGCCACCAUCUCUCAUCCGUCAAUCCCUGGACCAGCCGUCAGCGCCGAACCACCGGGCUCCCCGUCGCCGCCGACCGUGCCAGUCCCACCACCCCCCUCACCUGGAUCGCCGCCACCUCCCUUGACGGUUUCGAGGGUUCCACUCGCCCAAUCGCACCAAUGCGAUCCUCAGAGCCUAAGACUUCGGAUAAAACUGCAACUUUCGCUGAUGAGACUGAAAGUUCUUCUUCAAAGAAGAAAAGAACUCUCUCUCACCUACGAAGGCUGGAACAAGAGAAGAAAGACGAAGGGAAGAAUUUAAGAGACGAGCUAGAAGCCACAUAUCUCAAAUAUGAUAUAAGAAUAGCAGAAGGCGAAAGGUUAAAGAAAACAAAGGCAAACUUUCUUGUUCUUUAUCCCUCUUUUAAGAGCUAUUGUUUUCAUCAAAUGAAGUUUUUGACAACUUGGUUCAUUACAGAAGGAGUUGUGGUCUCGGAAACAAGAUCAUAUUGUUGA